UCAAAGGCCGCUUGAAACCGUUUCGCGACAGAAGACGGACGUUAAGGGGGGAUUAUUUUCACUCCAAGCGGAUUUUAUUUACCUGAAAAAAAUAAAAAUAUCUCCAGACCCGAGCCGUAAAAUCGAUACACAGUUACUGUAGUAGAGCACUUCGCUUCUACAGAAUCAUGGAGAUUUCGUGAUUUCUUCUCACUCGCCUGCUGGAGUCAGUUGGAGAAACAGGUUUUUUUUCCCCGUGGGAUCGAAAACGAGGAGGAAUUAACUUUAGCUCGCGCGCGCUGUGUAUGUGUGCGCGCACGCGCACACCGCGGCUUCUCGUCAGCCCGGGACUGAGAUGAGAGUCGACUUUGUCGGAUACCUUCGAACUCUAGACCGCUGAUUGGGAAGGCCUCAAAUGGGAAAAUCAAGCGUCGGGAGGGAAAUAUCACGAAUAAUUGUGUAGAUGUAGCUCACAUUCCGGACGAAGACUGCUGAAAGAUGAUAAAGAAAAGAGAAGCAAAUAGAGGAUACCUCGGACUUUGCCGUGAGAGCCCGUCUUUUUUUUUUUUUUUUCCCCCUCCCCCUUUCUCCCUUUGGAUUUUAAUCACUCCCCUCUGAAGACAGCCAUGGAAUCGACGGUCGAUGACGACGCGAUGGAGGCGUGAAUGUGGUUUGGCGUGGCGAGAGCUGAACGAUGCCCAAGGGUGGGGGUUCUAAAACCCCCCAGCUGGAGGACUUCCCACUCAGCACCGACAUGGUGGAGAAGCAGGGUGGGAAGAAGGAUAAAGAUAAAGGCUCGUCAAACAAGACUCCUAAAUUGGACCGCAGCGAUGGCGUCAAAGACAUGAAAGAGAAGGCUCCUAAGAGGAAGCUUCCCUUCACCGUCGGAGCCAAUGGAGACCAGAAAGAUUCAGACUCGGAGAAGCAAGGUCCGGAGCGGAAGCGCAUUAAAAAGGAGCCCAACACCAGGAAGCCAAGCUUGCCGUUCGGGAUGGGCAUGCCAGGAAUCCGGGCUGGGUACCCGCUGUCAGAGCGGCAGCAGGUGGCUCUUCUUAUGCAGAUGACGGCGGAGGAGUCAGUAAACAGUCCAGACACAACACCAAAGCAUCAGUCACAGUCAAAUCUGGGUCAGAAGGGAACACCAAACUCUGCCUCAAAAACCAAAGACAAAGUGAAUAAGCGGAAUGAGAGAGGUGAAACACGGCUGCACCGGGCAGCCAUCCGCGGCGAGGUGCGCCGCAUCAAGGAGCUCAUCAGCGAGGGAGCUGAUGUGAAUGUAAAAGACUUUGCAGGCUGGACCGCACUGCAUGAAGCAUGCAACAGAGGGUAUUACGAAGUGGCCAAGCAGCUGCUGGCAGCCGGGGCCGAGGUCAAUACCAAGGGCCUGGAUGAUGAUACGCCUCUACAUGAUGCGUCAAACAAUGGCCACUUUAAAGUGGUGAAGUUACUUUUGCGGUAUGGAGGGGACCCUUGUCAAAGCAACAGAAGGGGGGAAACGCCGCUGAAGGUUGCCAACUCUCCAACCAUGCUCAAUUUGUUGCUUGGAAAAGGCACUUACACUUCUAGUGAGAGCUCAUCGGAAUCUUCAGAGGAGGAGGACGCGCCAUCGUUUGCCCCAUCUAGCUCUGUUGAUGGCAAUAACACAGAUUCAGAGUUCGAGAAGGGCUUAAAGCUGAAAGGGAAGCCCCUCGACCCGCCCAAAUCCAUCACCACACCGGUCAAGGACGAAUACGAGUUUGACGAGGAUGACGAAGAGGAGCGCGUCCCGCCUGUGGAUGACAAGCAUUUGCUCAAAAAAGACUUCCGCAAGGAUCCCGUCAGCAAGGUCAACAACUUCAUCUCCAUCCCCAAGAUGGAGGUGAAAACUUAUUCCAAAAGCAACUCACUCACACCAAAGAAGCCUGUGCGUCGGAUACUGUCAGAUAGCAACAGCUCAGAUGAGGAUGACCGGACGUUGUGUUUCACGCCAGCACCCACGCCAAGGCAAUCUGCUGCUCAGAGCAACACCAAGGGUAGAGACUCGAACACGUUGUGCUCCAAGCAGCAGAAAGACAAAAGCAAAGUCAAAAAGAAGAGAAAGAAAGAGACAAAAAAUAACAUCAGUAAGGAGGUGCGCUUCGGCAAAGUGAACGACAAGUUCUGCACCUCCGACUCUGAGACGGGCGAUAUGGAGAGUGAGGAUGAUAAGGGCUCAAUGCCUGUUUCGAACUGUGUGAAGGAUUCUACAACUUUGAGCCUUAAAGAAUCUAGCGUAUUCAGCUCACUGUCUGUGUCGUCUUCCUCCUCUUCUCAUGGGAGUUUGGGCUCUCAGAAGCUUACACAAUCUCUGGCAGAGCAGCACCCGAAACAGUGGAGGACAGAUGGUUGGAAGACUGUGUCCUCCCCAGUUUGGUCUGAUGUCAGCUCCCUCUCCGACUCAGUCAGAACGAGGCUUUCCAGCGAGUCCGAUUAUUCCUCUGCAGACUCGAGUGUCGAGUCAAUAAAACAGGUGAAGAAGAAAGCACAGGAGAAGAAGAAAAACAAUAUGCAUGCCAGUGUGCUAGACAAAAAGAGCUCUGACUUUUAUAAGAACUCAAGCAUGGAUGGAACCGUUUCUAAAACAGACAAGGACGGAAAGGUAUUGAAAAAACACAAAGUAAAACAUAAACACAAAAAUAAAGAAAAGGAGAAGGUUGCAACUUUAGUGUUGAAUCAAGACAUGAAUGAAAAAUUUGUCAAGAGCAUUUCCUUCGACUUUGAUGAUUCUCGACAAGAGUCACCUUCCGAAAGCAAAGUCAAACUCUCCAAACAUGAAAAAGAUCAUUUUAAGAAAGAGGACAGGUUGUCAAAAGUUAAAGCUGAAGAUAAAGACUGGACAGGGAAAGAUGUUCAAAGAGUAUCUAAAGAAGAGAAGUCCAAGAAAACAAAGGAGUCUAAUAAAGAUAGAGCAAUUAAAGAUGAAAAGGACAAAUCUUUAAAAACCGAAAAGGAGAAAGGGAUGAAGGACAAAGAAAAGCCAAAAGAGGAAAAACAAAAAUCCCAUAAAGAGGAUAAAAAGAAAAAGUCCAAGGAUAAGUCUCUCAAAGCAGAAAAAAAGAGUGAGCAGAGAGAGGAGAAGCAUUUUAAGGUGGAAAAAGACAAAACUUUAAAGGAGGAAAAGUCAAAGAAGGAUAAGACCCUCAAGGAAGAACCGGACUAUGAUGACUAUGAUAUGAAAAAUCCUUUUUUAGAGGAUACCAAGAUGAGCGCAUCAGAUCAUGAUCGAUGGCCAUCAGACCUUUCCUCUGACAGCUCUCUCUAUGAAGAUGAUAGUUGGGAUGCCCCCAUGAAAGACUACAAAGCAAAUAACAAUUCUGUGAAACUGAUUGUGGAAACGAUGAAAGACGAAAACAGGGACCGGAAAAAAGACGGCAAAGUUAAAGAUAAGAAGUCGGAGCAUGGUGACAAGCGCUUUGACAAAGAUCUUACUUCCAAGAAAAAAGAGAAGGAAUCUUCUGACAAAGGAAGCGACAAAGGAAGCGAAAAGAAAAAAGACUGGACUGACAAACAAAAGCUGAACUCCACUCACUCCGAAAAGGAGAAGAAACGAAAGGAAUCGGCUGAUGGAGUCAUCAAAGAGAAAAAAGAAAAGGAGUCAGAGUGCGGCAGAGACAGGAAAGAUUCCUACGAGUUUACCAAGGAGCGUAAAGACUCCAAAAGCAAAACGGAAUGCUUGAGAGAUGAAUACAGCAUCGAGACCUUCUUCAAAUCAGAGACUGAAACUACGCCGAAGUCUGAUCCCAGGGAGAGGAACCACUCUGGAAAAGAAAAGGAGAAGAAGGGGGAUGGCGUGGAGAAGAAGGACAAGUUAAAAGGUGAAAAGCACAAAGAUAAGCCUAAAGAUCGGAGUUUGGACCAGGAGAAACCUGAGAAAAACUUGGUGGACAGGUCUUUGAAAGAUAAAGACAUUGAAAGGAGCUCCAAAGACAAGAAAGAUGGGGCUAAAGAUAAACACAAAGAUUCUCACAGUAAGGAUAAGGAGAGGAAGAUGUCAUCUGAGCAGAGUAAAGACAAGAAAGAAAAAAUAUUCCAAGACAAACAUGGUGAAAGGGAAAAGGAUUUUCUUGAAUUUAAAAAGGAAGAAAAGAAGAGUGAAAAGGUGAGGGAGAAGACCUGGUAUAAAAUUGAGGAUAUAUUCACGGAUGAGAGUGAAGAUGAGAGUGAUAAUUACAACGGAGGGGUGGCAAAAUUGAGCGAUUCUUUUGGACUAUUGGACUCUCACCGUAAAGACUCCACACCUGAUAGAGAUGACCUAGAUAUCCUGACGGAUAAACACAGGAAGUAUUCCGGGGAGGGGAAACAACACUCGACAGAAAAUAAGAAAGAAAAGGAGCAUAAAGAUAAAAAGAAAGAAAAGAUGUUUGAUGCAGGAAAAGAGCGAAAAGGCUCAAUGGAAAAACACAAAGAUAAGAAAGACAAGGAUUCAACUGAUAUAAAACACAAGGACCGCAAAGACCGAGCGUCUGUGGACUCGAAUCAGGAAAAGAAAAUCCGACAGAAACCAACAGACAAGAGGGAGCUCACUGAGGAAAAGGGCAAAAGCAAAUACAAAGAUAAACCAGACCAUCUGAAAGAUAGAAAACUUUCUAAGGGCAGUGGUGAGAAUGAGAAAUCCUUGCUUGAGAAGCUAGAGGAGGAGGCCAUGAAUGACUACAAAGAUGAUUCCAAUGAUAAGAACAGCGAGAUGUCGUCAGACAGUUUCACAGACCGGGGGCAUGAGCCAGUUUCAAGCAGCUUCUAUGACUCCUCGAAUAUCACCUUGCCAGAUAUGUCAGAGGAUCGAAGAGAGUCACUGUCCAUCUCUAACCCACAGGACAAAUUCAGAGAGAAGGAGCGGCAUAGGCAUUCCUCUUCCUCAUCCUCCAAAAAGAGUCAUGACAAGGAGAAGGAGAAGGGCAAGAAAGAGAAAGCUGAUAAGCGGGACAAGUCGGAGGAGCUUAGAGAGUCCUUUGGCCGCAGAGAGAGCCUGCCUGUUGAGAAGGAGCCCAUGCCCCUGGAAGCUGAUCCAUAUACUUUUCCAUAUGGUUCUAAGGGUGAUGGAGAGGAUGACUUGGACAAAACUCUGGAGUUUGAAAAGGAAAUGUCCAAAAAGGAUAAGACAAAUAGCAUCAUUACUAGCGAAAAGAUUAAAGACAAAAAGAAGAAAGAGAAGCAUAAGGAAAAGGUCAAAGAGGAGAAACACAAAUAUUCAGAUGGUUUUGGGUCUUUCCGACACAUCAAAGACGAGCAAAAAUCUGGACUGAAAGAGAGCCCUCAAGUCACAAAUUUAAAAGACAAGUCAAAAGAAGAUAGUCCAAAGUUUGAUGGCAAAAACAAGGACAGAAAUCGGGACAUUGCAGACAAAGAUAGAACAGAUUAUAACAAGACCAAGGAUAAGCUCAAUGACGGCGACAAGCUCAGCCAGUCAAAAGACACCACCCGGAAAGACGCUCGCCCACGUGAGAAACUUCUGGUUGAUGGUGAUCUCAGACUAACGAGCUUUGGCAAAAUGCUUAGUUUAAAGGAUCAGGAGAAUGAAGAGCGCCAUAAGAGACACAAGGAGAAGAUGAAACAAAUGGAGAAAUUAAGGCAUAAAUCAGGAGAUCCAAAGUUUAAAGAGAAAAUCAAGUCCAGCGAGGAUCUCAAAAAGAACCGUAGCGAUCUCUCAUCUAAGAAGACUGGCACAUUAGACUCUGCUUUGAAAGACAAGAAACUUAAAGAUGUGAGCCUUCCAUCUCAGAUGAUGUCCCCUGAUAGAAAAUCACAGCCACUGGACAGCCAAAACUCAAAAGACUGGCUAGCAGGCCACCAGAUGAAGGAAAAUCUUCCUGCUUCUCCACGACCUGAUCAGAACAGGCCAACAGGGGUCCCCACUCCUGCAUCUGUGAUUUCAUGUCCAAGCUAUGAGGAAGUCAUGCAGACUCCUCGUACACCAUCCUGCAGUACAGAGGACUACCAAGAAAUCAUAUUCGAUGGACUCGACUGUCAGAACUCUUCCGCAAUGACCAUGUCAAUGAACGCCUGCUCCCCGACAUUCUUUGAUAGAUACACGUCCCAGAACUCAUCCCAUAGUUUCCCAGAAGGAACCUGCAUCACACCAGCGAAAAAUAUGCAGUUACCCCUCGAGAGUCGAUCAGUCACCUCUGACGUCAGAAGACCUCUAGAAGAAGAGUUCAAAGCAGAAGCUGACAAGUUUCUUCGACAGCAAAACGCACCUCAAGAAUUCGAGUCUUCUGCCUCACAUCUUUCUGAAGACAAAACCCUCCCAAUGGAGAGACUCGAUGGUCUUUCGUCUUCAUACCCCUCACCUCACAUUAACAUGCUGUCUCCAAGGCCUGAUUCAGCACAGCCUGUACCCGAUAGAGCUUCUGCAGCCAGUUCUGGGAAUGAUGCCAGUGAACUCCCUCCAGAGAGUAUGUACAGUUAUCUCAUGAAGCCCUCGACUCCAGUCCAUAGAUCUGACACUCAGUGUCUGGACAUAGCUGCGCCUCUGACACCAGCGCCUGCGGCUUUGCCUCCGAUGGACAUUGAUGAUUUGUCUGAACCACAUCAAAGUGAGCCCAGUUUGUUGCCCUCUGAUCCAGUGAGUGGCAGUGAAUAUUUACCUCCCCUUGUUGAGGAGCAGGAUGAAGAUGAGGAGGAGGAUGAGGAAGAGGAGGAGGAGGACGAAGAGGAGGAUAAUUCGGAGGAAACGGCUGAAACUCAGAUUGCUUCAGAUCAGGCCAUGCAGUCUACUGAAGACCCCACAUAUUCUCUUGGAUUAGAAGAUUCUGUCAUGAAGACUUGGGCUGACUCUCUCGAUCGUAGAGAGCCUGAAGUCCUUCCACUGACACCCACUCAUCCUCAAGAUAAUAACAUGGAAAACUCUUGUGAUCAGUCUAUAGGGUGGAACUCAGAUGGUCUUAUGAAAUCUCCCCAUGAAAGUUAUGGAGAGGUUGAAGCUGCGGUUUCAAAGAUCAGCAGUCCAUAUUCACACUCUGAUUGUGACCUUCCACCUAUUCCGACCGCAAUACCUGUCCACUCAUCCAUGACACCCCCUUAUUCUGCAUAUUCCAGGUCAUACCAACACAUUUCAGAAAGUCAUUAUGACGUACAGAAAGACGGCGUAGAGGAUAUUUCUUCAUCACCGAGACCUGAAGCAGAGUCUGCAGAAUCAAACUUCAUGCCACCCUCCUCAACUCGACUAGAAACCUUCUUCACAGAUAUCAAACCACAUGUUGAGGAGAAUCAAAUGGACAUUGAGCCAUCGUGUGUGGCACAAGAGAAUAGAGAAGAAUCACUCAGUUACCCUCAGGGCAGUCUUGCCCAACCAGGAAGCUGUGAGUCUCACUGGGUUGACCCCUUUCCUAACGCAGUUGACGAGCUAGAUCCUUUGAGUCCGUUCUCUUUGACGGAACUUGCCUUCCCAGAAAAAGAGAUGCAUGAGCCUGAAGUUACAACCUCAGAGACAACAGAGAACAAACAUCCUCCUCCUGUCCCAAUAAGACCUUUGGAAGCAAGCAAAGAGCUAGGGGUAUUGGAUGUUGGCUUUCCCAGUUUGACCAAGCCUCCAUGCUCGCCUGUAGUUGUUCCUCCAUGCGAGUCUGCUCAGGAUUUGGCGCCAACUGCCCAUGAAGAGAGCUACAGACCCCAACAUGAGCUCGAACCAGAACCUCACAACAUUCAAGAUGUUCCAUCAAUUAAAGAAACCAUCCAGGAAGAUGUGCAUCUGUUUGAUGACCAUGAUGAGGGUGAUGGCAACAUGUAUUCAGAUGUUGAUGGAGAGAAUGACCAGGAAUAUAGACAGAAAGACACAGCCCCCGAUAUGCUGGUGACAGUAACACCAUGUUUGGAACCACUGGCACCUUUAAAAUCAGAUCAAAUUGCGUCUAAUCCCGUGGUUGUCUUGGGUACAUCGUGCAACUCUUGCCCCCCUGCUCCAGUCUUGACUGUCACAUCAUCCAGCACCCCCCAAAUAUCAGAAACUUUGGAGACAACGGUCAAACUCCCAGUUGCACCUGCCACAACUGAGGCCCCCAAAAAGGUUGAGGAGAUAGCGCCAAGAAUGACUCGCAAUCGCGCACAGAUGCUGGCCAACCAGAGUAAGCAGAACACUGCGACGAGUGUCUCAUCUUCCACAACCUCCUCUCCUGUUACCACAAGCAUCACUACUAUUUCUCCAUCCUCUCUUACCUCUGGAGAGAAGGAGAAAGAGAAGGAGCCAAUCAGCACCAUCCCUGCUCAGGCUUCAGCUCCUGUUCUCGUCACCAAAACUAAAGGCCGCACUGAGGAGGAGGAUGGCCAGACGCAGCAUCCUCGCAAAAGGAAGUUCCAGAAAUCAGGCCAGCAACAAGUACAGGUUCAGCUCGUCAACACAGCGAUGCAGCAAACGCGGGAGAUGAUACAGCAAACAUUAGCAGUGAUAGUCAAUGCCAUCAAGCUGGAUGAAAUUGAGCCAUACCACAGCGACCGCUCCAACCCUUACUUUGAGUACUUACAGAUCCGCAAAAAGAUUGAAGAGAAACGGAAAAUCCUUUGCUAUAUAACACCACAAGCUCCCCAGUGCUAUGCAGAAUAUGUGACGUACACCGGCUCCUACCUGCUAGAUGGCAAACCACUGAGCAAACUACAUAUCCCAGUGAUUGCUCCACCUCCAUCUUUGUCUGAGCCCUUGAAGGAGCUCUUCAGACAGCAGGAGGCAGUAAGGGGGAAACUGCGACUGCAGCACAGCAUUGAGCGGGAAAAGCUGAUUGUGUCCUGUGAACAAGAGGUCCUGCGAGUUCACUGCAGAGCAGCCAGAACCAUUGCGAAUCAGGCUGUCCCGUUUAGCGCUUGCACCAUGCUUCUGGAUUCAGAGGUUUACAAUAUGCCAUCAGAGAGCCAGGGGGAUGAAAACAAAUCUGUGAGAGACCGCUUUAACGCCCGGCAGUUUAUCUCUUGGAUUCAAGACGUGGACGAUAAAUAUGACCGCAUGAAGACGUGCUUACUGAUGCGGCAGCAGCAUGAGGCCGCCGCUCUCAACGCAGUGCAGAGGAUGGAAUGGCAACUCAAGGUGCAGGAGCUGGACCCUGCUGGGCACAAAUCCCUGUGCGUCAAUGAGGUUCCCUCCUUUUACGUGCCAAUGGUCGACGUCAAUGACGAUUUUGUACUGUUGCCUGCAUGACAUGAACACACGGAGACACAGAGUGUGCGGUCUAAAAUCCUCAUUUUUCAAAGAGACAUCAGACAGCAAGUUCAGUAAGGGCUAGCCGGUUUGAAAAGAAGAUUUCUUUGAGAAGAGUUUAUACGUAUAUAUUAUAUAGAAGAAGGUAAAAGAAAUAAAAACUAACUGCUCCCUUUCCGUCAGAAGAGGGGAGCGUCUUUUUCCUGGGGGAAAAAACACAACUUGCACUUUCAUCCUUAAAAGUUUUUAUGCUUUUGUUUGGAGUUUAAGAAGCAACACUGUUUUGCUUUAAAGCUAGCCCACCCUCUCCUGCCAGUUGAUUUGGGUGAAAAUAAACGGGGAAGUGAAUUUUUUUUUUUUUUUUUAAAUCCCCUUUAAACUAAAUUGCAACAAAGGGGAGGGCUGAGACACGUUCCUCCACCUUCGUCCUUCAGGGACAGAAGGCACCAACGGUGUCCUCGAGUGUGCUGAACAGAAACAACGUGGGCCAACACUUUGAGGUGCAGCCACAUAUUAAGGAAAAAAAAAACAAAAAAAAAAAACAAAAGACAUAAAAGGUCGUAAGGUGCAAGAUGAACGCUGAAACAUCCACGGCUUCAGCCGGACAGCAUGCUGCUGGACUUGGAUCUCUCAUGACCACAGCAGAGGAGGGCAUGGCUCCCCGAUGCCCACAGCGCCCAGGGCAGGGCAGCGUGGUGAGGCUCCGUGCCAGAGUGAGGGAGAACUUCCUUCAGCACCAGGACAUCCCACCUCAGACAUCAUGAGACCCAGGGUGUCCUCAGACGAAGGAGAAAAAGGAGCAGAGCUGGUUCACACAGCCUCUGAUGGUCCACUGCAAGAGCCAGGCCCAUCGUGCUAGCACUCUGCAAACAUCUGCAGAAAGACGAGGAGACGGAGGACAACUCGAGAAAUGCAGUGUUCCAAACCAAGAGGCAAGACUUUUACAGAUGUUUUAGUGGAGAUUUUUUUUUUUUUAAUUUUUUUUUUUUUUUUGGUCUUUCUUUACUCGGGCAUUUCAUUGUUCCCUUUCUGAGGACGUGACUUGAAACACUACAGAGCCAAUGUUAGUUUAAUGGAGAAAAAAACAAAACAACAAAAACAGAAAAAAAAUAUUGUAUUCCGUAAAUGAUGUACAGUUUUUAUAUUCGUUAACCAAUGUAUUCUCGCUGCCUUCUAGAUAAUUUAUUUUGCCACCCAUUACUGCACAGUUGUAAAUAACUUAUGUACUGUAACAUCACACAGUUAAGUGUAAAAAAUAAAUGAAUAAAAUUAUCUUUGUAUGUACAGUUCACUUUUGGGCAGCACUUCCCCUACCCCUUACCCACGGGCCAAAAUGUGUACACAGCGUCAGUAUUUUAAGGACUAGCGUGUACAGGUCUUUAAGGUUCUGUCCAAGGUCGGUCAGAGUGUGUGUCUGGUGUCAUCAGACUCUACGUAAUCCCUCAGAAUGAAACCGUCAGGGCCACAAACAUAGUUCUCAGAUGUAGCAGAGUGAUUAUGGAUUAUUUAAAUAAUAGUAGAGGUAUAUUAUUCAUUGCUUUAAUACACAUGUAUCUUAAAUAAAUAAAUGAAUAAAAAACAAAAAAAAAAUAUAAACCAAGAAAAUGCCUUUUUACAGUUAACAUUUUCUGAUUUCAUUUAAAGCUGCACACGUUAUAGCUAGGAACAUCAGCAGCAGCGAGCCGAGCCGAGCCCAUAUAACCUGGUUCCUGACAAAUAUAGAAACAUCCUUUAAACAAUCCCAUACACUGCUGAAUAUAGUCCAUGUAACACAGAGGAUCCAUAAUCAUUAGUGUUCUCUCUUCACCUCAUCCCUUCCUUUCGAGCAUGUAUCAUCAUUGACACAACUGCGAAGUUUAUUUUCUUUCCUGUGCAUGUGGUAAUGAGUCACUCUUUGUGUAGUUCAGGGGUCACAAGUGAUCAUGUUGUUAAUUUUUUUUUUAAUUAAUCUGCAAUCUAAAUGAAUGGCACCAGAAUACAUUAGUGAUUUGGUAUCGCUUUUCUCCAACUCUAUUGUGAAGGAUUCUUUUCUCCAGAAAUAUCGAAAAGGCCCCUUGUUGUUAGGCAGUUUGAUGUGGACGUGUAAGGUCACGCAUAAAAAAUUGGUUACACUCCAUUUUUUUUUUUUUUUUUUUUUUUGUGGGCUCUUGGACUGUUUCCAUAGUUACUGUCCUCCUGAAUGCCCCUCACGUUUGCCCAUCGGUGUAGUGCACAUUGCAGAUUUUACCCGUUAAGCUUUUCUUUGCCAGUUAAUUCAUCUUCAAAGCACAAUCACACAGCAUUUGAACAGCCGCAUUGAGGGAGGGGACUAGUGCAAAAGCGUUGUUUUAAAUCGUCCUGUUUUAUAACGGAACUUUCAUCAUUACUAAGUCUUGUGUUGUUGAGAUUUUUGUUUUGUUUUUUUAAUCCUGAUUUUAAAAACCAUGUUUUUGAUAUUUUAUCCUUCUUCGUUAGCUGCCUGUACUUCAGCGUGAGGUUGUGUGACAUUUGUUCAAUCAUCCAGGUUUGUUUUUGUGGUUUUUGUUUCCAUGUGUGAUCGUGUAUGUCUGUUUAAAAAUACCACAUGAAGCAGUUGUUCGUUCGUUCGUUCGUUCAUUCAUUGUUGAUUUGACAUACAGGGCAUAUUUUAUCUGUUCAUAUGACGUUAAUUUGGGCGCCAAAAAAAAAAAAAAGUCAAACCAAAAAUGUUUGAUGUGAGAGAAAUUAAUGUGGUGUUUUCUUCCCUUCAACACAGUGACAUGUUCAUCAGUAUGGUUUAAAAAGCAGAAUGUAUCCCAUUACUGUCCCCGCAAACCUCACUAUUGUUUACAGACGUGUGUGUGUGUGUGUGUGUGUGGGGUUUUUUUUUCAGUUUUGUCUUUUGAGUUGUUAAAGCCCUGCUCUUUUUAUUCCUUCUGCCGUUCUUUGAAUCUGUUCAACAGAAGGCUUGAAAUUGUGAUGAGUUUAUGUAGCAGUUCUGUAUCGUGGUCGUCAGCUUGUCUCAUGAAUCUUCUCCUUUUCCGCAACGCUGUUGCAAAUUAUCCUCGAAACUGAAUUUCCUUUCUCCGAGUGAAGCACUUCCUCCCACUGACCUCCAUAACACAUAAUUACCUCUGUGAUUUGAAUUCACCCGGGUCUCUUCUUUAACCUCGCACAUUUACACGCUAACAGGUCACAAUUUCAAGCCUUUUAUUUAAUUUUUUUUAAUCCUUUUUUCAAUAUGCAUAAAUCUGACAGUAGAUGGUUCAUGGAAAAUGAUUCAUAAAGCAUGUGGAGCUAUCCUUAAAUGGUGAGAAAUAACCUAUUUAUUAUCUUUUGUUUUUCUGACACCUGUGGUAUGUUUGAGUUGGAGGUCUCCGCUGUGUAAAUUUUCCUCUUGUAAUGAGUAAAGAACCGAGACGUUGUACAUAAAGCUGUAUAUAAUCUCCCAGGACCUUUUGCACCCUUCUUUGUACUAGUCUGAUCUUGCGUAGAAUGUGGGGUUCUUACAGCAAUGAGACGCUGCAGGUGAUGUAAUAAAGUCACUUUUUUUUCCUUUCCUUUUUUUUUUUUUCCUUUUGUACAAUGUAGUUGAAUUGUGUACAUAUUGUUGGAGCAGCUAUGGGAGGGAGGGGUUUGUCGACGCUAUCGUCAGUGCUGUCAGAGACCCAGUACUUUCACCUCUAGCUGUGUCGAUAUCCUGCAAUUCAGACGCGAGAAACUAAAAAUGAAAAAAGAAAAAAAAAAGUUAAUGGAGUUAAAAAAAUUCAAAAUUGUUAUUUUCUACAGUUGCAUGUACAGAGAGCGCGAGAACUGCUGUUGUUCCUCAGAGAUUAUGUUCGUAAAUAAAUUUUUGAAAUAUGA